AGGGUAGGCUGGCUGCUCUUCCAUCUGAUUUCUCAUCUCAUUGCAGUUUAUGGUGUGUGUAUUCAGCCGGUCCUGAAUACAUAGAACCCCAUGCGUUGUCCAUCACUUCUUCAUGCCCUUUUGUUUUCUCCCGCAUUAGCGUAGUCCCAACAUGAAUCACCACUGGAUGGCUAUCGGUGUCGAUGUGGGAACUACCAAGACUGGCGAGUCCCCUUUCCCCUCUCCCCUCUUCUUCGCCUCUCUUUCUCUUGUUCUUCGUGCUUCCGUAAUAUCUGACAAGCCGUGCUUUAUAGUUGUCGCAUACGCCCUUCUGCACGAUCAGAUGGAUCUGUGGAUACCCCCAGAUGCCCAUGACUGGAUCAUACCAACAGCAGUUGAUUAUGACGAAAUCGGCCAGACAAUUUGGGGCAACACAGCCGCCUCGCGCCCAGACCCUCACGUGUGGUUCAAACUGUUGAUCCACAGCUCCCCUGUAGUGGACUUGAGAGAAGAUAAUCUUGUUGGUGCCAUUGGGGGGACUAUGGGGCGUGAUACUGCCGGCAAACUCAUUGGCGACUUCCUUAAUGUCCUGCAGCAGAAGCUACUGGCUCACUUCCAGAGAUACGGUCCAGCGCAGAUCGAGUGGUGCUUUACGGAACCCGGAUGCUGGAACGAUCAGGGCCGACUCGACUUCCGAACCGCAAUUCAGGACCGUAUGUUCAAUGGGCAUGCCUGCGACGUUUCAUUUGUCUCUGAAGCAGAGGCUGCGGCGGAAUACACCGUCCUUGAAGGUGCAAACAGGGGACUCGUGCAGCAAGGGGAUGUGGUGAUGGUUUGCGACUGUGGCGGGGCCACAACUGACGUUGCCAUCUUACGGGUGAACGGUACCAACCCCUUUACCUCCCAACCUGUUGGAGAUCCAGCCAGUUUCCGGCUCGGCGCUGUGGACAUUGAUGCAGCCUUGAUGGAGCAGGUCCGACAGGCCUACUGGGAAAGUGAUCAGGGCCUGCGAAGGGGAGCACCUGCUGCUGAGGCUCGGCGUGAGAUCAGCAGGGUCAAGGAGAAUUUCACCGGUGGCCCUGGGAACGUCCCGAUUUAUAUCCAGGGCCCUGAACGCGGUGUAAUUAUGCAUCAAUUCACCCACGACGACUUGAUAAACGCGUUCGAACCGACUGUGGAAGGGAUAAUCGAUGUGAUAAUCCAAAAGAUAUUGUCAGCCGGAGCCAAAGUCACGAAGGUGGUCCUUGUCGGGGGUUUGGGAAAAUCAGAAUACCUUCGCUCCCGAGUUCGCCAUGCGCUCCAUGACGUCUACGUGGACACGCCGCCUAAGUUAGUGGAUGCUUUGCCAGACACCAUCAGAAGUGCAGUUGCAUGCGGGGCAGUGUUACGUGCACAAAGGGUGCCUCCAGUGCGGUGGUUUGAAAGCCGCUCCCAGUACGAAUUGUGCUUUCCGUCUGUUGACGUGUAUGGCGACGGUAUGCCAGACAAAGUUCUUACCAAUACGAUUAUUGCAAGAGGACGCAGAGAUGUGCCUGCGAGCGGGUCUUUUAUACCCACUGAGAGGAUGCGCUUGGUACCCCAGCGGAUGGGGGACCGUUUUCUUCAGAUUCGCAUUGUACGACAAGCGGAAACUUUGUCGGCCGCCGUUGAACGGGUCAAGAUCCCCGCAAACGUACCAUUCCAUUGGGCCAAUUGUGCUCAAGGGAUGGUUCAUAAGUAUCCACUAAGAGUAUUCUGGUCCAUUCAUCUGGGAUCGGCAAUGUUCAUCCACUGGAGAAUAUGCAUAGCGGAUGGUCAGGACCGGAUAGAAACUGUGUUAGCUGAGUCUUUCCGUGAGGUGUCUCCCCAAGACUUGAUCCCCGUCGUGAACGGCUAGGAUCUCGAUGCAUAUUAUCUUGGAUCUUUCUCCGUUUCUCUGACGAUUGAUCUAGUGCUUGUUGCGUUUAUUCUC